UGGCUGCUGGCGAGCUUGUUAGACUCACUCAUUGAAGCCCCAAUAACGAUUAAUUUUAUCCUCACUAUGAAAAGGUCUCCUAAUAAACAGCAAUCUAGGAACUUUAUUACGCAUGUAUAAUAGAUGUAAGUGAGCCUGUGUAGAAGAAAAAUAAAAAAACUGGUGGGGGAAUGUGUACCAUGUGUCCAUGUGUUCUGAUGUAAUCACUGAAUUGCUGGCCAGUGGAUCCAAGUAGCUCAUUUCGUUAAAUUUUGUUAUCACUCAUCAGUGCCCGGCUUAUUUUCUAUUUUUCCAAUCUGUAACUAAUAUAAUAACAAUUGUUUAAUAAUUCCAAGCCAACAAUAACUCGAAAAGAGCAACCAGAAGUUGAAAAAAUGGCUCUAGAAUCGAUUGGAUUUCAAACAAACAAAUUACAACACCUCAAAACAGGCUUCAUUGAUUUUACUGCCGGGUCGCUGGGUGGAAUUGCACUUGUUUAUGUCGGCCAGCCACUGGACACAGUUAAAGUAAAAAUGCAAACCUUUCCUAGUAUGUACAAUGGCAUGGUCGACUGUUUUACUAAGACAUUUAAAGCUGAUGGUUUAGCUAGAGGAUUGUAUGCAGGAACAGUUCCGGCUAUUGUAGCAAAUGUCGCUGAAAAUUCAGUAUUAUUUGCUGCCUAUGGUGGCUGUCAGACAGCUAUAGCACGACUUAUUGGUAAACCUGAUAUAAAAAGUUUAAAUUCAUUUGAUAACGCGUGUGCUGGUUUUUGUGCUGCAUUUUUUUCUUCUUUAACUUUAUGCCCAACUGAACUAGUUAAAUGUCGGCUGCAAGCGAUGCGAGAAGUUCAAUCCCAGCAGGGUAAUGUCACUCGACACAUUGGUCCUUGGACAUUAACAAAAUCCAUAAUACGUGAAAAUGGAUUUUUGGGAUUGUUUAGGGGACUCUCGUCAACUAUUGCUAGAGAAAUGCCCGGUUACUUUUUCUUUUUCGGUGGAUAUGAACUCACCAGAGGAUUCUUAGCCAAACCUGGACAGAGCCGUGACGAAAUUGGCCCGCUGAAGACAAUGGCUGCUGGAGCUGUUGGUGGGACAGUGCUUUGGCUGGUUAUUUUUCCUGCUGAUGUUGUUAAAAGUCGUAUUCAAGUACAAAAUUUAAGUGAACCUGCGAUAGGUAUUAUGAAACAAAUAGCAAGAAAUGAAGGAAUAUCAGCGCUUUACAAUGGGUUAAAACCAACACUCGUAAGAACAGUACCUGCAACAGCAACUCUUUUUGUUACUUAUGAAUACACUAAAAAAAUGCUACACUCGGCUCUUGAUUGAUAAAACAUACA